GCCGCCACCGCCCCGGCUGCCUGGCGCCCAUUGGCCCGGGGCCGGGGGGCUGCCGGCGUCGCUGGGCGCUGCUUGCUCUUAAACCUCGGCCCCCGUCCCGCCGGCAGCCUGGGGCGCGCCACGGGCCCCGCGCAGCGCCAGCCCUCCAUGCAGCUCGGAGCCCCGCGCUGACACGCAGCCACCAUGUCGCGGGGUGCCAGGGGCAGCCUCCUCCUCCUCCUUGCCGGGCUCCUCUUGGCGCUGGGGCCGUUCCCGACCUCGUCCAUCCACGUCUACACGCAGCGGGAGGUGUAUGGCACCGUUGGCUCCCACGUCACCCUCUCCUGCAGCUUCUGGUCCAGCGAGUGGAUCUCUGAGGACAUCUCCAUCACCUGGCACUUCCAAGCCGAGGGCUCCCGCGACAGCAUCUCCAUCUUCCACUAUGCCAAGGGCCAGCCCUACAUCGACGACGUGGGCAGCUUCAAGGAGCGGAUGGAGUGGGUGGGAAACCCCCACCGCAAGGACGGCUCCAUCGUCAUCCACAACCUGGACUACACCGACAACGGCACCUUCACCUGCGACGUCAAGAACCCCCCUGACAUCGUGGGCAAGUCCUCCCAGGUCACUCUCUACGUCCUCGAGAAAGUGCCCACCCGCUACGGCGUCGUGCUGGGCUCGGUCAUCGGCGGGGCUCUGCUGCUGGUGGCCGUGCUGGUGGCCCUGGUCUAUCUCACCCGGUACUGCUGGCUGCGGCGGCAGGUGGCCCUGCAGCGACGCCUGAGCACCAUGGAGAAGGGGAAGCUGCAACGAUCGGCCAAGGACGCGUCCAAGCGCAGCCGGCAGGCGCCCGUGCUCUAUGCCAUGCUGGAUCACAGCCGCAGCACCAAGGCGGCGAGCGAGAAGAAAGCCAAAGGAGUCCCCGGCGACUCCCGCAAGGAUAAGAAAUAGCGGUUAGCGGGCAGGGAAGGUACCGCGGGGGCGGGCGCCGGGGCCGCCCGGCCCCCCAAAGUCGUCAUGACCAUCGAGAUGGAGCUGCGGGGGGAGGCUGCCGAGGCCGCCCGCCCCCCGCCCGCCGUCCGCUCCCCCAGCAAGGGCAGCCUCAAAAACGCCCUGAUGAACAUCAUCAAGCCGAACGCGGGGACCUGACGGCCAGCAGGGGGGGUCCAGGCGGCCACCCGGCCCCAGGAAGCGGCCGCCCCGAGCCGCGGGACCCGGCGAGGAGCGGGGUGUGGUUCUCGCCCCGGGUCCCGCGGCCUCGGCGUCGCUCCGGCGUCCCGAAGCCCCGUCCCAAAGCCCCCUUUGCUCGGUACCUUCCUCUGCGCAACCGCUGCCCUGCCCGGCCACGGCCACUGGUGUAAUUUUUCUAUUUGAAGAUGCAACCACUGAAUUUAGGGUCUGUCCCACUCCGGGCUGCCUCGGUCCCUCCCCCUCCCCAGGGAUCUGCAGGGUCCCUGUGGGGCCGUGCCGCCCCCCUGCCUCCCCAUCACGCCCCCCCGCAACUAGUCUCUGGGAGAGUUCUUCUGCCCCCAUCGUUGCUCCUUUUUUCUGGCCGUUUUCUCGUCUCUCCCCACGACCGAGUCCAAAUGACGUCGCAGGGUGUCCCUCGCCCCCUCCCCUCCAUCCGCUCCCCUUCCCCAUUAACCCUCCCGCCCCAUAACCCUCAGCCCCCUUUGCCUUGGCCGGAGCCUUAUGGAGGAGGAGAGGCUGCGGCCAGGCGGGAGGAGCUGCCGGUGCCCCUCACCCCGGAGCCAGGCGCCGCCCCACGAUGUAUUUUUCUAUGUCCUGACUGUGUUCCCCCGUCCCCAUGGCGCCAUUAAUAAAACUCACAUCUCCUUGA